UAAUCAGCCGGCGGAUCCGAACAGAUUGGUUGUGACUUAAGGAUUCCGUUAUUCAAGAUGAGGACAAGUCUAUUGACGGCUGUGCUGGUAGGGAGUUGCACCCUGGGGUUGGUGGUGUGUGCCCCAAGGGAAGAUGAGGUGAAGUACCUACCUGGGCUCAACAAGCAGCCAUACUUCAAGCAUUACUCAGGGUACCUCAAUGCCACUGGGACAAGGAUGUUGCAUUACUGGUUUGUGGAGUCUGCAAACAGCCCAGCCACUGAUCCAGUUGUUUUAUGGUUGAAUGGAGGUCCUGGGUGCAGUUCUCUAGAUGGAAUGUUGUCUGAACAUGGCCCAUUUCACGUGUCUGAGGAUGGAAAAAGCAUUUCACUGAACAAGUAUGCCUGGAAUAAUGUAGCCAAUGUCCUAUAUAUGGAAGCUCCUGCAGGAGUGGGGUUUUCAUACUCUUUAGACAAAAACUACACCACAGAUGAUGACCAGGUAUCCAUGGAUAACUUCAUUGCCCUGCAUCAUUUUUUCGUCAAGUUUCCUGAGUAUAAGACCAAUGAGUUCUAUGUGACUGGGGAAAGUUAUGGUGGGAUUUAUGUCCCCACCCUCUCACUGCGGCUUGCAGAGGACUUAGGGUCCUUUAACUUUAAGGGUUUUGCUGUGGGGAAUGGCCUGUCCAGUGAUUUUAUGAAUGACAAUUCUCUCAUGUCUUUCUUAUAUUACCAUGGAAUCGUUGGUGAAAAAUUAUGGAGACAGCUGAUAAGCACUUGUUGCCAUGGCAAUGAGACGGGUUGUGACAUUGUCAGCAGGACAUUGGUUGAUCCUUCUUGUGAAAAUCUGGCCAAUUCAGUUCUUGGUGUUAUCACAAUGACUGGCCUAAAUAUGUACAACCUGUAUGCUCCCUGUGCACCGCCACCUAAGAACAAACUGGCAUCAAGAGGAGCCAAAGCAAGAACCGACUCUUUAAAACAUUACUUUAGGUUGUUUAGAAAUAAGGUGGGAGAAGUCCCCCCUUGUAUAGAUGUGACUGGUUCCACCGUUUACCUGAAUACUAAAGAGGUCAGACAGGCACUCCAUAUACCAGAUCAGUUGCCUCCUUGGGAGAUUUGCAGUGGUGCUGUAGGAGGAAAUUACAAAAGAUUGUACAACAACAUGACUUAUCAGUACCAGAAGAUCCUCUCUAUGGCGCAUCUGAGAGCUAUGGUAUACAAUGGCGAUGUGGAUAUGGCUUGUAACUUUUUGGGAGAUGAGUGGUUUGUCAAUUCACUGAACUUGCCUGUUGUGACUGAGAGAAAAGCUUGGUUUUUUACAGACCUGAAGUAUAAAGUAAAACAGGUGGCUGGUUUUGUUAAACAGUACAAACAGCUGUCACUUGUUACUGUGAGGGGUGCUGGUCACAUGGUCCCACAAGACAAGCCAAUCCAAGCUCUUGAAAUGUUUACAAAUUUCAUUCAGAAUAGACCAUUUUAACGUUCUGUUGCACAGAGACUUGUGAAGUUGAGCCUAGGGAGCAUCUCACCAAGCUGUUUGUUUCUCCAGUGGAAGAUGCAGUGGCUUAACAACUAAUGGUUACAUAAAAUUAUAGUGAAACAAAUCCAGUCCUCUUUUUGUCAACCAAACUUCUUUUCCUGGUUUCUAUAUGAUAAUUAUUCUGCAAAAAAUAUCUCUCAGAUUACUAUUAUAAUAUAUUUUCACUCUACCUUAAAUAUUAUAUGCAUAUAUAUAAAAUGCAAGAACUAUACCUUUAUUCAAUAUUAAUAGGCAUGUUGCAUCCAACAGCUUCAGCAUGUAGGAGAAAAAUUGAAUCGAAAACAUUCCUUUUUUGGAUGUACAGGUUGUUAUUUUGCAUAUAUUCAGCAUUUCAGAGUAUUCUCUUUAACCGCAAUGCCUCUUUUUACAAUUUUUAAUACCCAGCUAGUCUGUAGGUCAUAGAUUUCUUCUUCUGACAAAAUGCUGUAUGGUCACAGUUGGGGUUUGUUAGGGCCAGACCCUCAGCAUAUCACAUACACUCUUGCCAUUAUGAUGGGAGUUCAAAAGUCUUGGAUAUGGUCAUAUCAAUAUUUUCUCAGUAAAUUAAUGCAGUUUUAAAAGUUUCAAAUGCUCUGAGCAUGUCUAUGUCUUUAUGGGCCAUUUUUGAAAUGUUAUUUUCAAUGUUAAGUUUAAGCUUUUUUGUGUAAUGAAGUAUAAUAUGCAAGAAUAAUGUGAUAUGCUAUUCUUAAAAACAUGCCAUUUUGUGGUAUUAGAAUUUUUGUGUUUUGUUGCAAGUCUCUAUAUAAGAAGUUGUCAGCUAAAUAAUGUUUAGAAUCUGUCAUUUUAUAUUCAAGACAUUCAGUGCAUGCACAUCACUUAAAAAAAACAUGUUUAUGUAUUAAAACUACUCCUUUAAGGAUGGAAGAUAUUUUAACCAGAGAAUCCAUUAAACUAAGUGCAUUCAAGUUUGUGUUAAAGCUAACUUAAGAUGUUACAAGAAUAAUACCAAUUUGUUAACUAAGAUACAAAUCAAUUUUAUGCAUGUAAUUAUUUUCUAUUGAGGGAAAAAUAUAAUUAAUAUAUUUGAGUGAUCUACCAAGCCAUUGGUGGACCCAUUUAUAAAGGCCUUAAUUUAUCAAUGAUAAUUUGCUCAUUUUUUAAAAAUUGGCACAAGACUCCACUUUUUCAUUAAGCAGUGACAUUAAAAACAACAACACAAAAGGUGCAUGAUUUUUUAUUCAACUUAACAAAUUAUCCCUCCCGUGAGAUAUAACAUGAUAAGCCUAGAGAUAUUUUCAAGUGCAGCACCACUUGUGCCAAAGUUUCUGAAAAGAUAUGUACUGCAAAACUGUAGGCAGAACCUAUAUAAAAUAU